AGCGAGCAGUCCGUUACUUUUUUGGUCAUGGGCGACAAGGACAAGCUCAUCUCCGAUGCAGAGUCCCUGCAGAACACGGCCGAGAGCCAUGCCAAACUUGCGCAGAAGCUCAAUCGUCCCUGGUACUUUGGCGCCGGGUUUCUGCUCUUCUGGGCCAUGCUCUUUGUGUCCAUUGUGUUGCCGCUGUUCUACCGUCUGCCCACACCGCUGACCGAGCAUGAGAGCAAUCAGGGCGUGUUCAUUGCGGAGCGAGCACACAAGACACUCGCGGGCUUGGCCAGCAUUGGCACCAAGGUCGUUGGCAGUCAGCACAAUGAGGUGGAAACGGUGCAGUUUCUGCUCAAGGAAGUGGAACUGAUCAAGCAGCAAGCCCUGCUGGAGUACUACGACAUAGAGAUCGAUGUGCAAAUUGCCUCGGGCUCUUAUGUACACUGGACCAUGCUCAACCUAUAUCAGGGCGUGCAGAAUAUUGUCAUCAAGCUGAGCCCCAAGAACUCUGCCAGCGAGACCUACCUGCUGGUCAACAGUCACUUUGACUCGAAGCCCACGAGUCCAUCGGUGGGCGAUGCAGGGCACAUGGUGACCACGAUACUGGAGGUGCUGCGUGUGAUUUCCACAUCGAAGCAGCCAUUCCAACAUCCGAUUGUGUUCCUGCUGAAUGGUGCAGAGGAGAAUCCACUGCAGGCGUCGCAUGCAUUUAUUACCCAACACAAGUGGGCCAAGUACUGCAAAGUCGUCAUCAAUUUGGAUUCCGCUGGCACUGGCGGCCGCGAGAUUCUCUUCCAGAGUGGCCCCAAUAAUCCCUGGCUCGUAGAGUACUACAAAGUCAGCGCCCUGCAUCCGUUUGGCACCACCAUGGGUGAGGAAAUUUUCCAGACCGGUCUGCUACCCUCAGACACGGACUUUGGCAUCUUCAACACUUAUGGCAACCUCGUGGGCUUCGACAUUGCCCAGUGCAUCAAUGGCUUUGUCUACCACACCAAAUACGAUGAGUUGGAUGUGAUUCCUCAGGGUGCGCUGCAGAAUACAGGCGAUAAUAUUCUCAAUCUGGUGCGGGCCUUGGCAAACGCCCCAGAGCUGCUCGAUGUGGAGGCCUUUGCCUCGGGACACGCCAUCUUCUUUGACUUCCUGGGCCUGUUCUUCAUCAGCUAUUCCUCCAGCAAUGGCGAAUAUCUCAACUAUGGAGUGGCUGCUGCGGCCAUCAUUCUGGUAUUUGUAUCCCUGUGGCGCAUAGCUGCCGUCUCCAAUGUCGCAACGGAGGAUGUGCAGCGUUGGGGUGUCCUGCUGCUCAUUACACAAGUCAUCGCCUUCGUUCUGGGCCUGGCACUGCCCAUUGUCGUGGCCUACGCGCUGGACAAGUACGGAUUGGCGCUGAGCUACUACAGCCGUCCCAUACUGGUGGUCGGUCUGUAUGUGUGUCCCAGUCUCGUUGGACUGAGUCUGCCCUCCACCAUCUACUACACGCUGUUCAAGAAUCCGAAGGUCUCCUUUGCCCACUACAUCCAGCUGGCGCUGCAUGGCCACGCCGUUGUGCUGGCCGCUCUUGGCAUUGCUUUGACCGCCUAUGGUCUCCGCUCGACAUAUGUGAUCACGUGGACACUCAUCUUCUACGUCAUUCCAUUGGCCAUCAAUCUGCUGACGACGCUGCACGAUCGCGGCUAUGCUUGGACUACCAUCCUAAAGCUCUUCCAGAUCGUUCCCUUCCUGUACAACGGCUAUCUCUUUUACACCUUCGUUGUGGUGCUCACCCCCAUGAUGGGACGCUAUGGCACGGCCACCAAUCCAGACUUGAUUGUCUCUGCUUUGACUGCUCUGGGCACAAUUUUGUCCAUGGGUUUUCUGAUUUUGCUCGUGAAUAUGUUCCGCAGACCGAGCGUUGUUUUUGUCAUUCUGCUGGGCGUAAGUGCGCUGACUAUUUAUGGUGCACUCUACACCGAUAUCGGGUUCCCCUAUCGCCCCAAGACCAACGUGGAGAGAGUCAACUAUUUGCAAGUGCACCGCACCUUCUACGAGUACGAUGGCACAGUCAGCCGGGAUGACUCUGGUUAUAUGUUCCAGUUCCAGGAUCGCCGUGGUCCCACUGCCUUGCAGAACUCCAAUGUGGAUCUAACGGGUUUGGUCAGCCUCGAAGCGGAUUGCGAGAAGUACAUGAUGUGCGGGGUUCCACUGUACGAUCAUCGUUGGGUGAAGAGCCGACUAACUACAAUGUGGCUGCCGCGUGAGCAGCCGAUCGAGACACCAUCGAGGCCCACCCUUAAGCUGCUAAGCAAAACUGUCCUGCCCGAUGGCCUUACCGUGCGGUUUGAGUUUGAACUAACGGGUCCGGAUCACACGAGUGUGUUCCUCCAGCCCUACGCAGAUGUGACCCUAAGCCGCUGGUCGUUCCUGCAAAGCUACCUGGAGAACACCACCACCUAUCCCCCUCCGUUUCACAUUUACUUCUCCUACGGCAUAAUCACUACCCCGUUGAACUUUUUCUUUGAACUUAAGAAAUCCAAUGGUGACUUCAACGUUGAACUGAUCGAAGUGGGCGUGGCGGCACAUUUUUUGGAGAGUGUGGGAGAUGAGGAGAGCGUGGAGUUUGCCAAUUCAUACCCAUCGUAUGCGGCUGUGGUGCAGUGGCCAGCGUCCUAUCAAAGAUAUAUAUAUUAAUAAUAUUUAGUUCAACAGCAAAAGCAGUUGAGAAAUAAAUCAGUUUAUUCAGCAA